AUGCCAGUUCAUACUCAUUCUGUAACAAUCGACUAUAGAAUCAGCAGACAAGUGCUUGGCGUCGGUAUAAAUGGCAAAGUUGUUGAAUGUGAAAGUAGAAAAACUGGCGAAAAAUUUGCUCUCAAAGUUCUUAGAGAUGUUCCAAAGGCACGUCGCGAAGUCGAACUUCAUUAUUUUGCUUGCCAACAUAAGCAUAUUGUUCGCAUAUUCGAUGUAUAUGAAAAUACCUAUAAUCAAGUGAAAUGCUUGUUGGUUGUAAUGGAGUGCAUGAGAGGUGGUGAACUUUUUACUCGCAUUCAACAAAGAGCACAAACAGCAUUUACUGAAAGGGAAGCUGCACAAAUUAUGAAUGAUAUAUGUUCUGCAGUUGCUCACUUACAUUCGCUAAAUGUAGCUCAUAGGGAUAUUAAACCUGAAAAUUUGCUUUACAGUUGUGACGGGCCUUCAGGGAUUUUGAAAUUAACUGAUUUUGGUUUUGCUAAAAAAUUAGAGACGACAGACACAAGGCCUCUUGAAACACCGUGCUACACACCCUAUUAUGCUGCUCCGGAGGUACUUGGGCCGGAAAAAUACGAUAUGUCAUGUGACAUGUGGUCAAUUGGAGUUGUAAUGUACAUUUUGCUGUGUGGUUUUCCUCCUUUUUUCUCAGCCAAUGGAUUGCCAAUGUCUCCUGGAAUGAAGAAUCGAAUAAGAUCUGGAAAAUAUGCUUUCCCUUCUCCUGAAUGGGAUAGAGUGUCGGAAGCAGCCAAAGAUUUAAUCAGAAAGCUUCUUAAAACUGACCCAGCUGAACGAUAUGCAAUUCAAGAAGUUAUGAGCCAUAAGUGGAUUAUUCAUUAUCAAAAAGUGCCAGAAACGCCUCUAUUUACAGCUUCAGUUCUGAAGGAAGAGCAGUCGCAGUGGGGUGAAAUGCAGGAUGAAAUGGAAAAAACACUGGCAACAAUGCGCGUUGGGAAUGGUGAUAUCCAUAUCAAAAGUUUAAAAGAUUCUAAUAAUCGACUUCUCAAUAAACGACGUAACAAAAAUGAAUGA